GGCUCUCGGUACAGUCGUUCGCCGACAAUAUUGCCGAACACGCGGUUGUUUUGAAAAAUAUUUGCCGGUUCGCUAUCGACCUCAGUUAAUCAGCCUUCGUUAUCAUCAGCGAACCGCCAGCCUAUUGUUUUUAAUCAGACGUGAUCGUGCAUUUGUCGAAUUAAAUUAUACAUAAUAAAUAUCGAAAUAUUUUUGUUUUAAUUUAUACGUCGCAGUUUGGCUAACUGUAUCUCCUUGACAACUACCCACAGCAAAUACCGGAAAUAAAAGUUGUCCAUCGAAUGUGGGUGAAACGGUCAUAAAACCGCAAGCCCCGGAGUACUAUUGUGAUGACCGUGCGGACAUUGUUGCGUGCGGCCUUGCUUGCCGCUUUAAUCGCAGCAACCACAAGUCAGACUGACGACGUUGCUAACGAUUUGGCCAUAACAUCAACCAUCGAAAACUUACCAGAGAUAGUUGAUGAUGAGGAAUCAAAUAAAUCUGCAAGUCAAGAUUUAAAGCCAACAAAAUACCAUUAUUAUCCACACAACCAACACAUAUACUUAUUGCCUGAAUGUGCUGUCCAACAGGUCUGCAACGCUGUAUAUGUCCGGUUAAACUACACACAACCUUUAUGUGCCUGUCCUUCCAGAUACAAAGAACCAUGUUCAGCGUCAUUGAAUGCAGACGAUUUGCACACCACAGAAUUGUCAGCUGACAAUACUGGCAAAGUUUUGACACUUAUCAAGACCUGCGAACCCGUAGCUGAGAUGAGAACAUGUCGAUCACCAAGAGACUGGUCAUUGUUAGCACUACAAAACGUCCGCACUGGCAAAUCACACUAUUUGGUCAUAUGCCGGUGUCCAUACACUAGCUUACUAGAAGGUCCAAUGAGCCAUGAUCAGCCAACAUAUGCUAGUGUGCCAGGUAUCAGGGUCUAUGGUAUGAUGUGUGUAACAAAAGGAGGUUAUUCAACAACAGUUGCACCUUCAUAUUCAACUCAAGCGCCUAUAUCAAGAAGACAAGCUAGACCUUUAAGGACACCCAGAUCGCUAGGAUACAGCGAAUUAUAUGGCCAAUCAUUACCUGCAUUUCCAUGGCAAAGAGUAAUGCAAUUUAUAAAAUCUGUACAAGAAGAAUCACAAAAAAAAUAGACAGUCCUAACAAAUUACUACAACGGAUUAAAAUAGUUACUAAUAAUCAUAAUAAUUAAGUAAACAAAAUUUACAGAGCCGCUCGAAUUACUUUUUGAAAAGUGACAUCUUCUAUUUUCCAUUCCUAAGAGAUGCAUAAAAUAAGUUAUUUGUAAAAUAAAGUGCUUUGCACGUUUUAUAUGUUUUAUUUAUAUAUUUUUGUAAAUAGUUUAUGACUAUUUAAUUAAUUAAUUUUAUAUUAUUAUGUCUCGUAAAUCAUA